AGGUGUACCUGGGAGCACCUCGACCACACCGCGGACGUGCAGCUGCACGCGUGGGGCACUCGGCUGGAGGAGGCGUUCGAGCAGUGCGCGCUCGCGAUGUUCGCACUGAUGACGGAGCUCGAGACAGUCGCACCGCCGGUCGAGGUGUGCGCCCAAGGGCACGACCUGCACUCGCUCCUCUUCCAAUUCCUCGACGAGUGGCUCUUCCGCUUCACGGGCGGCGGCGGGUUCGUGCCGCGGCGGCUUCGCGUGGUGUCGUUGGAUCGCGCCGCCUUCCGCGUGCGCUCUCUCGCCGUUGGAGAGUGCUUCGAGCUUGGCCGGCACCCGCAAGGCACAGCGGCCGCCGUCAAGGCGAUUACCUACUCCGCGAUGCGCAUCACAGAGACGCCCACGCGAGCGGAUCUUCUCGUCAUCGUCGACAUCUAG